AUGGCUAAAGAGCAAACUGACUCGGAGGGAUCUGCUCCUAAGGCCGCGGUACCAGGUCUGAAUGGAACGUUCUACAUGGCCUAUCCUAUUUUUUCGAUGUGUUCUGAUGAGCAUGGUCUGGUGCUCACUGGUGGUGGGGGAGGAGGGAAGGAGUAUGGCGUUCUCGACUAUAUCCAAGCGCAUGUGUAUGAUGAGAGUACAGAGUCCUUUACUACCGUAUCAUCUAUAGAGACGGACACCAAGGUCUGCUAUGAUAUCACUUACUGUCCAGCUGCACGGUUUACUGUGGAAUUGUCCAAUCCUGGCCAGACUGUUUGUAAUGUCCUCCGAUACAGUCCUUCAGGAGCGGAGUUACUCACUGGUGGUGAUGAUGGAGUCGUUCGUGUUUGGAACCUGGCCUCAUCUACUUCCGCACCACGCCUGGCUUUGGAUGAUCAUCAUAAGGAGAUAGUAGAUGCCGAAUGGGCUCCUAGUGGAGAUCGCUUCGUCACCUGCGGUCGGGACCGGUCUGUAAAGCUGUGGAGUGGGGAAGGUGCUUGUACGGACACUAUCAUACCAGAGAAGAUGAAGGCUAUUUCUCCCCUCGCCAAAUUUGCCAGGUUUGUCAAUGAUACUUAUUUGAUCGUUGCGACCCAUGGGCCACGAGGACCUUCCUGGCUGACAGUGUACGAUGUGGGCUCUGAUGGCAAGGCAAAAGAGGUGAAGAAGAGUCAAAUUUCUAAAGCUGUAAUUUGCAGUAUCGCCUUGAGCCAGGAUCGAUCUAGAGCUGCUAUAGGAUUCGUGGACAGCACUAGAAUGAUACUGAGCUUAACGCCAAUAAGUGUAUUGCAUAAAAAUACCGCAGUUGUACACGAGAUGCCUCCUGGAAAGGCCGCUUUCGUGCUCGACAAGCACAUAGUGUGCACAUCAUCAGCAGACUACAGUGUGAACAUAUGGAAUGUUAAGAAGCCGGCUCGGAGUCAAGGCCUUGGUUGUUGUUGGUGGCUCAUCUUCCUCCUAUCCCUCGUGACCCUGCUCUACUACGGUUAUCUGUACGCAUUGAAAGAGGGGCAUCUGGGAGGUCAAGGACGCCUCGAUGAGCUUUAA